GCAACUCCCAAGCAGAUUCGAAGUUUGCAAAUCCACAAAAAAUUUUCGCAUGAUUAUUCAUGCUUAUAAUCUCACUGCUGCUUUAAACUUCUGGAACGCUUGGUUGGCGAUAUUCAGCACUAUUGGCAGCAUAGCGACGGGUUAUGGACUUUUUUAUGAGAUUCACUACAGAGGAAUUGUUUCCUCUUAUACACAUAUCGGCGACUACUUCAACGGCAUUAGUGGAUAUUUCACCUUUUUGUUCGUUAUGAGUAAAGUGCUUGAGCUUGGAGAUACGAUCAUGAUUGUGCUGCGCAAAAAACCGCUUAUUUUCCUGCACUGGUAUCACCACGUAAUGACCCUGAACUAUGCUAUCUGGUCGUACUCACAAGAUAUCGCCUAUAACAGUUGGAUUACAUGGAUGAAUUUCACUGUUCAUUCUAUUAUGUAUGGUUACUACAUGUUGCGAUCAUACGGUGUGAAGGUGCCUGCGUGGGUUGCGCGAAACAUCACCACCAUGCAGAUUUUGCAGUUCGUCAUAACGCAUUUCAUUCUGUUCCAUGUUGGCUAUCUAUCAAGUCAAGGUGUUAAAGUGGAUAGCACACCUAAAGUAUUCUGGUUAGUUCUACGAAACUUUUUAUUUGGUAAAAGAUGGCCGAUAGAAAAUUGCGCGUAAAC